CAACCUAAAUCGAAGAUACGGUUCGAGUCAUCUCGAGGUCAUCCCCACCCUCCUUCCCCAUUAGGGUUGAGGUAAAUUUUUUCAAUCAACAAUUAACAAACUCUAGGCCAAAGAUUAGGAACAGGGGCGGAGAAUAUAUUCAUCCAAAGAAUUCUUUUCCAUCCCCGUUCUUCAUGGCGGGUCCUAAGGACCCGACUCCAUGGGAAAUUUUGUCAUCCCUAAUCCCUAUUCAGUUGAAAAUAUAGAGAAAAGGCAACUAGAAACUUCAGAGGAUUGGAUGAUGAUAUUGCUCGUUUGAGAAGGAAAUGUCUUAUCUAAGAAGGCAAAAGCAUCCAUCUUCGUAUUCUUUGUCCAUCAGAAAGGUAAAGAAAGCUAAAGAAGGAAGUUCUUAAGCAAAAGCUAACCCAAAAGUUGAGCAUGUUUCCAAAGUAUCCAAUGCCAAAUUAUUAUAUACUCUUUUGGACAGGAAAACUUCCAUGACAAACCCCUCAUUCUCUUGUUUUUCGUUAUGACAUACCGACAAUUUCGCUUUCGACUUCCUUGGCAAUCCAUAAAAGCUUCUUCUCGUCCUGAAAACGAGUCAUCAACACGCAGUUCUGAGCCUACAGAUGAAGCUGAAACUUCUAAUUCAGCUGCUGAUACCGUCCCAUAUAUGCAGCAUUUACCACUCCAGUCUCAUGAGACAAAACCAGAGCUGUCUCCUUUAGAAUCAGCUCAGGCACCUGAAAGAAGUGAAACUAUGCUACCUUCAAAAUCUCAUAAGAAAGCCAAAGUUCAUUCUCAACCAUCGUCACAUUCCCGAGCGAAAAAACAAACCCGAACGGCUACCAAGCCUCCAUCUGCAUCGAAAGUGACCCCUCAAUCUUCAGUUUCUUCCAACAAGUCUCCAACAACAUCGGCCAAGGCGUCUCCGUCUCAUGAUGCAUCAAAGCCUUCAUCAUCAGCAGGCAAAGUUUCUCCAUCUCAUGAUACUUCAAAGCUUUCAUCCCCAGCAGGCAAAGGUAAAGUUUCUCCAUCUCGUGAUACUUCAAUGCCUUCACCACCGGCAGGCAAAGCCUUUCCGUCUCGGGAUGCUUCACAGCCUUCAUCAGCAGCAGCUGCAGCGCCCCGAUCCCAUAUCAGGUCAAAGCCACCGUCCCCAUCUCAAACAUCCAGUAAAAACCAUCUACAUUCAAAACAAACAUCACAAUCAAGAUUGAAAGCUGACUCUCAACCUUCAUCACCUUCACGGCCAGCAUUUUCACCUCAAGCUUCUUCUAUACCACGGUCACCGUCUCAUGAAAACUCUCGACAACAACCAUCGAAAAAGGCCUCUCGGGUUCAGUCUCCAUCUCAUUUGUCCAGCAAAGCUACUGCACAAUCAACAUCACAACAGCUUACUGAAUCUCCUGCGACCAUAGGAGACCAAACAACAAAAAGGGUUGUUUCUCAUCCCGCAGAUCAAUCGCCACGAGCAAGAUGUAAAAGCAAGGAAAAUCAGGUGCAAACCAAAUCAAAGCAGUCUCCAAAACCAGACUUGAAACCAGUGGAAUUCAAAGCAUCAAAGCAUCAGCCUGAAACCAUGGAAGAGUUCAUAUCUAAGAACACUUCCUAUCCCCUUUCAAACGAGGAUUUUUCGGAAAUCCCAAUAAUAAUCGAUGAAACCAUUGAAAAUGGUCCAGAGCCCUCUCUAGAAUCGCAGACAGAGUCACAAGAAAGUAAGGAAAUAAAGAGUUACGAGGAAGAUCUGGAAAAGACAACCAAUGCACUUCAGAUCAAUGCAUCUAAAAGCAAAUUAAUCACAUCUGCUGAAAUCACGUCACCGUUUGAACCAGAAAAUAGCGAUUCACAACAGGAAGGAACCAUGGAAGACUUACCGAAAGCUUUUCAGACACUAAACAUCAAAUAUCCAGAAGAAAAUCCAAAGAGUUUCACAACACUCACCGGCGAUAACAAAGGAGCGUCAAUGCACUUAAUCUCCGGCGAAGCUACAAAAGAAAGUUCAAUCCAUAUCCACCGUCAGUAUAAGAGUGAUCCAGACAAAGUCCCGGAGAGUUCCACAGACAUCGAAGGAAAUUCCAAUGAAGAAACGCCUCAAGAUUCAAAAACAGAAGAGGAUCCACCUCUUGAACUAUACAUCAACAUCAAUGUACAAGGUAUCAACAACUCACUCCUGUCCAAUAGCUCAUUUACUGAAAAUAAUCCUGGAAUCAAGUUGAAAUUCGUUCCACAACAAACUAAAUCAGAAAAUAAACCACAUUCACUCCAAGCUCAGAAGGCCAAAUAUACAGCGAAACAUACAGAAAACCAUACCUAUGAACCCACAGUAAGACGAAGAUGUCUCGGAGGGCUGUUAAUGGAGUCGAGCGAUUCAGACGGCGACAAUUCAGAAAAGCCCCGACGCCAUGGCUGCCGCUACAGAGGCAGUUUCGAAGGAAAAUAGGUCGAAAUUCUGCAACAGAAAUUACAGAACAACAUCGAAAAUCUCGAAGCAUCAUCCCAACAAUCAAAAGAUAUUCAUCGCAUAAAAGAAAUUUGAGAGUGUCUAUGUGUGUGAAGAAGUUUUUUUCUUACAAUGUGUGUGAAGAAAUUGAAACCUGCCUGCGAAAAAAUUCAAAACGUAUGAAGCUUUGAUUGUUCUAAA